ACUAAAAAUAGAUCCAAUUCCCCACCAAAAAUAAAUAAUAAUAAAGGGAAAAUAAUAAAAAAAAAUCUCUCCUCUCGUUUUCUCCGAAAUCGUCGUAAACGCGAAGCACAAAGAGCCCCAACGGUCAAAUCCUCUCCUCCUCCUGCUCGUCGCUACGAAGAAGACGACGAAGAAGAAGAGAAGAAGAGGAAACCCUCCCCGUCUCUCUCUCUCCUCGUCUCUGCGUCGUGGGGAGAGGUGUCUUCUUUCCGGUCCUUCGGUGGGUUGAAUAGAACCCAGUUGGGCUCCCGAGGUAUUGUCCGAGUUGACUUAAGUCACACUUGGAAACAAGAAAGAUGCCUUUACCAAGGGUUGCGAAGCAAAGAUCUGUCGACCCUGGCUUUUCUUCUAAAGCAAACCCCUUCGACUCUGAUUCAGAAGGCGAAACAAAUGCUAGACCAGGAAGAGCAUCAUCAGUCCCACCAAUCAGCAAGACUAACCCCAAAGUUUCUCCUUUUGGUGACACUGAGGACUUAGGAAGAGGACCUUCGUCGUCGUACUCUGUUUCUAACGCCACAAAGAAUCAGUACAAGAACGAUUUUCGUGAUUCAGGAGGGUUUGAGAAUCAGUCGGUGCAAGAACUAGAAAAUUAUGCUGCAUAUAAAGCUGAGGAGACCACACACAAAGUAAAUGAUUGUUUGAAGAUUGCCGAAGUUAUAAAGGAAGAUGCUACAAAGACCUUGGUGACUUUGCAUCAGCAGGGCGAACAGAUUACGCGGACUCAUCACACUGCUGCCGAUAUUGAGCAUGAUCUUAGUAGGAGCGAAAAGCUUUUGGGAAGCCUUGGAGGGAUUUUCUCGAAGCCUUGGAAGCCAAAGAAAACUCGUCAAAUAAAAGGCCCAGCUAUCACUCGAGAUGAUUCCUUCAUAAGAAAGGCGAACCACACCGAACAAAGGGAGAAAUUAGGAUUAUCCUUGAGCCCUCGCGGACGGUCUAAUCCACGACAGUAUGCUGAACCCACAAGUGCAAUGGACAAAGUCCAGAUUGAGAAAGCGAAGCAAGAUGACUCUCUUGGGGAUCUAAGCAAUGUGUUGGGCCAACUAAAGGACAUGGCUCUUGAUAUGGGAACUGAGAUUGAGAGGCAAAACAAGGCUCUCGAUGCCUUGCAUGACGACGUGGAUGAGCUGAACUUCAGGGUGAAAGGAGCCAACCAGCGAGGCCGCCGGUUGCUCGGGAAGUAGGCCUCUACCGUGAUCCCCGAGGCCUGUGUGCGAAAUAGAAGUGGAUUCAAAAGAGACAGAUGCGGUCUCUCUCGCCAUGUGUUGUUGCUACUAAUAUUUCUUUCUAUCAUUUGCAUGCAAAGGCAUGCCUUGUAUUACAGGGAUCUUCUUUCUCUGUUCAGAGAAUACUACAUUUCAUUGCACCCCGAGUUUGAUCCGAGAAAUUUUUAGCAGUUUCUGUAGAGCUGAACUUUUUACAUUUAUAACAGUAAACGUAAAAGUUGGAAUGUCCUAUUUCAAAUUGGUUUCUGUAUUUUUAGUGAAACUCUAUGGUGUUUGAACUUUUA